AGUAUUCUCAUAUGAUGGCUACUAGUAGUAUGGAUGAAUCGUUGUAUCCUUCUCCUUCUACAAAUGAUGAUGAUAUAGAGUCUAGACAAGCUAUUACUACUUCUAGUAGAAGGCUUACUAAAUAUCGACUAUGGCAUUUUGAUGAGAUGAGAGGUUCAUCAGACCCAGAUGCAGAGCAAGGGCAUCAGAUGGUGUCACCUUUACUAUUCUAUUUUGGAGGAGCACUUGAUAUUGGCUUUACAUCAACAUGUACAUUGAUAGCAGCAGGAGUUGACUUGCGUGUACGAGAUAAGUCGGUAUCAAGUAUCAUGAGUACUAUUGGUCUUGCUGUUGUGGUAGCAUUGAAUGUAGGAAUAGACACUUUUGGAAGUGAUCGUGCAGCUAUACAUCAUUAUAAUCAUGAAUUCUCUCGAGAACGAUGGGAACAUGAUAUAGCUCCUGAGCAUGAAGUGGAGGAGUAUAUCAAUUAUGCUACUAACAUUGGAGUACCUACUGCUGACGCUGAGAAGAUAGCACUUAUGAUGAUUCAACAUCAACAACUAUCCAUACCACAUCAUCUGGUAUUUGAAUUGGGUUUACUACGACCAUCGUGCUAUCAUCAACCGGAGUACUUUGCAGCCUCUAGAGUUGCAGGUAUUAUUCUUGGUUUCCUCUCAGCAGUUGGUAUAGCUUCUAUUAUACCUAGUAACAGGAGUAUAUCUAGUCUGGUGCAUAUUUUGGUGCUAUCCUCCUCUCAGCGAGAAGGAUUCACUCUUUCCACUGUGAAUGAUAAUAUGAAGGUGGUCGAUUAA